UCGAGGCUGGGAGUGCGUUACCCGCCCAGCAGGGGCGUGGUCGGGUGGGCGUGGAACACUCAGUCGUUUGCGGCAUGUCCACACCUGAGCACCGCUUUUGGGUGGCGACCUUGCUGCUCCUCUGGAGCUUGCAGUUCGGAGUCCAAGGGUUCGGAAUCAAUCUGAUGAAGGUUCCAGCUGAGGACAAGGGACAGGAAGCUUGCAUCCUUGCUCUGCUCCGGAAAUAUUUCGAUUCCGGAGAUGGACUCUCGGGCUCAGUGCUCUGCUUUAAUCGAAACUAUCAGUUGCCCCAUAUCCAAGACCAGUUACUCAGAGGAAUGCACACAUACAGGCAGUAUCCUUGGAGCCUUUUGAUAACCAACUCCAGGCAGGGAUUUGCGUCAUCCGGAAUACUGAUGAAUGAGAAGCCGCAGUGCUAUUUCCUCAUUGUCGAGAGUCUUGACGACGAAGACCUUGACGAGAUAUUCGAGCACUGGAAAAGCAUGGUCAACUGGAAUCCCCUGGCCCAAUUCGUCGUUUAUUUGGCUAGUUUGGAGGAAACAGAAGAGGAGAUGACUGACCUAAUGGUGGAACUGCUCCUUACCUUCAUGAACAAGAAGAUCUUCAACGUGAACGUCAUCGGCCAGAGCGCAGAAAACAAUUUCUUCUACGGCAAAACCGUGUUUCCCUACCAUCCGGAUAACAACUGCGGCAAUCGUGUUAUAUCUGUUGAACUACUGGAUGCCUGUGAUUAUCCGGGCGAUGAAAAGGAUGUAAGGGAUGAGGAGUACGACGAAGGUGAAGGUGAAGGUGGUGAAAACCAGGAGGACAACAGUCAGGAAAAUUCCGAUGACCAGGAAGCUAAGGUUCCCAAAAAUAGCAGAGAAUCUGGAGAAAAUGGUACCGAUUUCAGGGAAAUCGGACAGAGUGAGGGACAAGAUACUGAAUAUCAAAAUAAUAGUGAAGAAAAGUGUAAAGAAGAAUGUCCCCAAAAAAAAGAAGGUAAUGAGAAAAGUCGAGAACAGGAAGAAUACGUUGAUGAAAUUCACUCAAAUGAAAGUGGUGGCCAAAAAGAAAGCGCAGAAAGUGGUAUUACAGGUCACGAAAAUAAUGAUGGUGAAAAUUAUCUAAAUGAUGACAAGCCAACCAAUGAGAACAGAAACAUUAAUGAGAGAAAUGAUAAAAGUUUAAGUGAUGAAGAAAUUGAAAAAAAUAAUAAAAGCCCAACAAAACUGGAUUAUUAUAGAGACAACUCUCGGAACACUAGGUUUUAUCUUUCGUCAGACCCCAAUGGAAACUUGAAAUAUCAAACAGAUGAUGAGUAUUCAGACAGCUCGAAUGAAAAUGUUUCUAAUACCUCAACAAAGGCAACCAAAGACGAUAACACUGAAAGUUCAACUGAGACUAGCACAGAGGAUAAUGUACAUAAAUCCCCUGAAAAUGGUGACAAUAAAUCCAACUUCUCAGAGCCGGAAGCCACAAUCGAAGAAUUCUACAGAGCCAAAUUUGAGGAUAAAUUCCCUCACGAUCUCAGUGGAUGUCCUCUGACAGCAUCCUUUCGUCCUUGGGAACCAUAUAUUUUUCGCAAUAGAGAGGAGGAAGUCAUGGAGGAUUACUACUACGACAUACAAGCGGAUGGUGAUGACUACAACGACACUUCCCCCAGUUAUGGGGAAACGGAGGACGAGAGCUACGGUUAUCCGGAGGAAGAGGGUGACAAUCCCAUUCCCGACGCCGAAACUCAGUCCGAUGAAAAGGUCAAGUUGAGUGGAAUUGAAUACCAAAUGGUAAAAACCAUCGCCGAACGUUUGCACGUAAACAUUGAAAUGCAAGGCGAAAACAGCAAUUUGUAUCACCUUUUCCAACAACUGAUCGAUGGGGAGAUCGAGAUGAUUGUGGGUGGAAUAGAUGAGGAUCCGAGCAUCAGCCAGUUCGUAUCCAGUUCGAUACCGUAUCACCAGGACGAGCUAACUUGGUGCGUGGCGAGGGCAAAACGCAGACAUGGUUUCUUCAACUUCGUGGCUACUUUUAAAGCGGACGCAGGAUUUCUGCUGGGACUCUUUGUGGUUACAUGCUCGCUGGUGGUUUUAGUGGCUCAACGUGUUUCUGGCUUCCGGCUGGGUAAUCUCAAUGGAUAUUUCCCCAUUUGCCUCAGGGUUCUGGGAAUCUUGCUCAACCAGUCCAUUGCAGUUCAAAACUUUUCAUUGACUUUAAGGCAACUGUUUGCGCUUUCCUUUCUAAUGGGCUUCUUCUUCAGUAAUACGUACCAGAGUUUUCUGAUCAGCACGCUAACAACUCCCCGCAGCUCCAAUCAAAUACAGACUCUGGAGGAUAUAUACAUUAACCGAAUGACCAUCAUGGGCACCUCCGAGAACGUUCGACAUUUGAACAAGGAUGGAGAGAUAUUCAAGUAUAUUCGCGAGAAGUUCAAGAUGUGCUAUAAUUUGGUGGACUGUCUCAACAAUGCUGCUGAAAAUGAACACAUCGCAGUGGCUGUUUCCCGGCAGCACUCUUUCUACAAUCCGCGGAUCCAACGGGACCGCCUCUACUGCUUCGAUCGACGGGAAUCCCUAUAUGUGUACCUAGUGACCAUGCUGCUGCCGAAGAAGUACCAUCUGCUGCACCAGAUCAACCCGGUGAUCCAGCACAUCAUCGAAUCGGGACACAUGCAGAAGUGGGCUCGCGACCUUGACAUGCGGCGCAUGAUUCACGAGGAGAUUACCAGAGUGCGCGAGGAUCCUUUCAAGGCUCUCACUUACGACCAAUUUCGUGGAGCAAUCGCUUUUUCCGCCGGACUUUUACUGGUGGCCAGCUGCGUCUUUGCCUUCGAGUGGUGCUAUGUCAAAUGUGCCCUUCGAUCUAAAACGAAAAGACUGUUCUUAAAAUGAGCGCCUAUAGAUUAUUCUCAAACAUUUUUAUAUGCUUAAUAAAUAAGCUUUAAUAGCAUCACAUUUAUUUUUGUCUA